GCCACCCCCGCCGCUUCCACCUCCGCUUCCCAAGCUGCUCUCAGGCCGCGCUCGGAGACUGACGGCUCAUCCCUCGUUCGCUGAGUCUUGUUUCCACGCCACCUGCGAAGGGUCAGCCGCGGUGCCCACGGCUUAGCGCUUGCAGACCGCAGGCGUCUGUUCCCAUGGCAACGACCGCUGGGGGCCCUGGAUCUUGGAGCGAAAAUAUACUGCAGUAUUUUCUGAGAAAUAACCAGAUCACCACAGAAGAUGGUGCCCAGAUCACCUGGUAUCAUGCUGCUAACCAGAAGGCACAAAUGAAUGAGGCACUGAAAAGCACUGCCCACAUGAUAGAGGCUGAUGUCCUCCUCCCAAGUGAGGGAUCUGACCAUGGCCAGCCGAUCAUGGCCCAUCCCCCUGAAACAAGUAGUGAUAAUACUCUCCAGGAAUGGCUGACUGAAGUUACAAAAAGCAAUAAAGGCAUCAAGCUGGAUUUUAAGAGUCUGGCAGCUGUAGAGCCAGCCAUGAUGCUCUUGGAAAAUGUGAAGAAGCGUCUGAAGCGUCCUGUGUGGAUUAACGCUGAUAUUCUUCCCGGUCCAAAUGGAAGCAGCAGAGUAGUGGAUGCAAAACCUUUUAUAGACACUGUGACUUCCUUCUUUCCAGAUGUGACCUUUUCCUUGGGUUGGACAACAGGAUGGCAUCCUGAGAAAGUUAAUGAAGAGAAAGAAGAAGGGGGAGAGAAGGGAGAAUAUUUUUAUUGUUCCACUUAUUCAUUGAUCGAUUCUUGUAUGUCCCUAACUGGGGAUCAAACCUGCAACCAGAAUGGUUAUAGUUGGACAAUGGUGAAAGAGAUGGAAUGCAUAUGCAAUGAACUAAGUCAGCCUGUAACUUUUCCUGUCAGAGCAGCAUUAGUCAGGCAGUCUUGUUCUCAGUUUCUUUGGCUGUUAAAGAAAUCAAACAGGUACAGCUUGACUAUAUGGACUGGAAAAAAUGAUAACUAUUCCAUUGAAGAUUUACUUUGUAUUAGAGACUAUUUUGACAAAAAACAAGUUUUCUAUGAUAUCUUGGAACCACAAAAUUGUGAAUUUAAACAAGCCAUUGGAAUAAAAGUUAAUCUCUAAGAAGAUUCUUCUAAAUUAUUUGGUUUCAUAAUCCUCUGCUCUGGUCUGAAUUAAUUACCAUAUAAAUUGUGAUGAUUGAGUUAUGCUCCAAUUCAUCCAAUGAAAAAAUACGUAUUGAGUCCUAGCUGGUUUGGCUCAGCAGAUAGAGCAUCGGCCUGCGGACUGAAGGGUCCCAGGUUCGAUUCCGGUCAAGGGCA